AUGAGCCCGGGCGCUGUGCGUGGGCCCGGGGGCGCUGUGCGCUGGGCUGCGACCGUGAACCAGGUGCGAUGCGUGGGGCCGGAGCGGCCGCUGUGUGCAGGUGACCCCGGCACUGGGCUGGAGGAAGGGGAAGGCGCGGGGACCCGGUCGCGCUGGAGGUUCCUCUGGCACCCACUGCUGGGACACCUGAGUCAGGGAAGUGUUACUCGUCCGUUCCAGAACCUCGGCCUGGAGAAAAAUGCAGUGAUUCCCAUCACCCUGACCCGUUCCCCUGUGAGACCAGUGGUCUGUUGUAUGUGCCAUGAGGGGCAUGGUGGUGGCUCUGGAACCUUGAGACUGUACCCUCAGAUGUAUGAGGCUUCUUAG